UGGACAUUGGACCUGCGCAAAAUCGUAGGGCAACGUGAAGGCGCUAAUUUCGUAAAAGACUGAUCUGAGAUAUGGAUAGCUUUGAUAGUAGUUGUAGUGAUGAUGAUAGUCAAACUGAUCGUUUGGCGGUUCUACACUAUGCAGCAGCUCUUAUCCGACAUCAUAAAUCACAACUGAAACGUUUCGAUAAAAUGCGAGAUGAGAUCUUGGUAAAACUAGAACGAUUGAAUAUGAACUUAGUCAGUGAAGCGAAUAAAGAAUUCAACUUUGGUCAUCUGGCUAACGUCGUAGAACAACCACCACUGCCAGUCGAUGCUCCUAAAACACGUAUUAUUCGAAUUAAAAAACCUACUUGUAAGAGACAUGGAGUUAGACAUGCGAAAACUCCCAAAGACAUAAAGACGUCACAGAAAGUGAAUGGAGAUAAAAUCACAGAGAUAGUUGUGAAGCAUGACUGUUGUUCGAAUGAUGAACCGAAAUGUAGUCAAACAACUGAUUGUAAACAAGAACACUCAAGUAAUAAGGAGAAUUUUGAUCCAAAUCUAAGAGAAUCUGAUCCUCAAAAACCGUGUAAUUCAAACAAUCUGAAGGUUGAAGAAAAAGUUGAAGAAGCAAAGGGAGAGGAACAAAAGCCUGAGGGUGAGAAACCAAAAUCUACUAGUUCUAGACGCAGAUAUCGACGUCGUGGUGGUGCUGGUCGUAGUGGCGGCGGUGGUGGUGGAAAUCCAAAUAGUAGAAAUGGUGGGCGUAGUUCACCUCGUUUUGUAGCACAGCGCUUAGACUAUAGUUUUCUUAAUAGACGCUCCAGAUAUUCGGAGGAAGAUUUAGCCUGGGGAUUCACUCCAAGUGAAGUUGAUGAUCUACUUGCACAAAAUGUCAAACCAUGGGAGGAUGAUGCAGUCAAUGUUUUGGCAUUUUUAAGAGGUGGUUGUCAGGAGUUCUAUUUCUGAGAUGUGCAUAUACAUAUUUCACUUUUACAGAUAAAUAAAAUAUUUUUAACAAUUUGA